AUGGAGUCUGACGUUGAAGCUCUUGGGCGGUUGUCCACCAAUGAUCUUGACGGGAAGCUUUUGGAAGAGCUGUUAAACAAAAUGAAGGGAUUUCUCAUAAAGUCAACCUGCCUGGUGCUGCUGAUGGUAACAGUAGAAAAAACAGAGAGCAGGGAGCCAGUUCUACAUAGGGUUGGAGGUGGAAGGUUUUCUUGGAAGCCAAAUGUUAACUUCACGGAUUGGGCAAUUCAUGAGCAAUUCUUUGUUGGUGAUUGGCUUUAUUUUGGAUUCAACAAGCAGUUAUACAGCGUCCUACAAGUGAACCAGACAAGUUAUGACAAUUGCAUCGAACAAGAUUCCAUCAAGAACAUAACAAAGGGAGGAAGGGAUGUGUUUAAUCUCACAGAAGCAAAACCAUAUUACUUCAUAAGCGGCGGAGGCCACUGUUCGAUGGGAGGAAUGAAAGUUGCCCUCAUCGUCCAAGACUACAUUUCUGUACCAUCACCUCUUACAAAUGCUUCCUUCCCUAUUACUGUCAGCUCUGCUUCAGAAUUCCCUGAAAAACUGUAUCACUUUGUUUUGGCUGCAGUGUUUCUUGCAUGCGUAAUGCUAUGA